AUUAUGGAAAGAAUUAUGGAUCUGCCCACUUUACUGCGGCAUGCUUUCAGGGAGAUGUUUUCUGUUGGGGGCCUCUUCUGGAUGUUUCGCAUCAGAAUAUUCCUCUGCUUACUUGGAGCCUUGCUCUACCUGGCUUCACCUCUGGAUUUUCUUCCUGAAGCCCUCUUUGGAAUUCUAGGAUUCUUGGAUGAUUUCUUUGUCAUUUUUCUUCUGUUGAUAUACAUCUCUGUCAUGUACAGAGAAGUGGUAACGCAGCGGCUGAAUAGAUGA